AUGUAUAACAAGAAUUUCGUCCUGACAAUGGAUGUCGGCCAAACUGUUAUUGCAAAAGUUCCUAACCCCAAUGCCGGCAUUGCUUACUUUACCACAGCGAUCGAGGUAGCUACGGUGGACUUUCUAAUUAUGGACAAAAUGCUUGGAGUCCAGUUUAGCCAAGUCUGGAACAACAUGCAACUUGUUGAUAAGAUGAAACUUCGGCUCGAUGUAGCUCGUUUUCAAUCAACCUGGCUCUCCGUCGGGUUCUCGGAGUUUGGCGGGAUUUAUUAUGCUCAGGACCAAGCAAAUUUGAAGCCGGAGAAGCAUCUUUACGGUGGUAACAGCGGGAGAAAAAAUCUGGGAUAUCUAGUGAUGAUAUCUGGUGAUGGUAUCUAG